GAAGGAAGAGCCAUCGUCCCGACGAAGAUGUAAACUAAUUGACCGAGCAUCGCUACUGUCAGAAUGAUUCUGCUUUGCACCUGCAAGAACUUCUGGAUCGAAAAGUACUUUGCAUACGUAAAUAUCUACGGGAUCAUCCAAAGCGUGAACAGCCUUGCCACGUUCAUGAUCGUCGUCUUCUACCUAUCGCUUUCAGGACUUUUGCCUCGCGAAGAUGUACAACAGAUUCAGAGUCAGAGAGUAUCGGCUCCAUUAGAUGCAAGAGGGAGUGACGAUUCUUCCCUUUCCUCAUACGAACCAUUGACAGUUAGUUUUGCUGCACAUAUCAGAGGGUGGCUUAACUCCUAUAUCGUGUUCAUAAUCGAGUUUUUGAAGGAGAAGGCGGCAAGUUGGAGGGUGACGACAUGACUGGCAAGGACCCCAGAGAUGGCGCUGAAGGAGUACUGGGAAAGGGCGGUGAAAAUGGCAGGCCAGCGAGGUGCUAGCGCUUCUUGGAAAAUUUGACUUGUCAAUCUUCUUGCGCCCCACAAAAUGACAAGUUAUAAACGGUAGACUAAACGGUCAAUGGACAAAAGGAGAUUUUGUUCUCUUAUAAAAUAUUGGGUAAAUGAGCAAAAAUACUUGUAAAGUGGUUAGCCACUAGUACUUGAUAUCUUAAA